AUGCGUCUCUCGCAGCUCGCUGUCCUCAUGCUCGCACCCGUCGCCCUCGCAGCACCAGCUCCUGCACCUGAACCCACCAGCAUCAUCUCAGGCGACGCAGCAUCUCCUCCUGCUGCUGCUUCUGAUGCUGUCCCAGACGAAAUGUUCAGGCGUAACGUCGCGUGUCUCCCCAACGGCGCACAGUGUAACUCCAACUACGACUGCUGCUCCCAGAUAAUAUCGGAAAACGCCCCCGAUGCCGUCAAGACGGGCGAGAUCAAGAACCAGUUCGGGCGCAAAGUGGCCAUCCAGGAUGCGUCCAUGAGUAUCUACAGCUUCCUGAUCGCGGUGCGGUCGGAUGGCCAGCAACUCACCAACGAGACCGGCGAGACCACGUCGCAUCUCAUGGGCAUGUUCUACCGCACCCUACGCAUGGUCGACAACGGGAUAAAACCGCUCUACGUCUUCGACGGCGCCCCUCCCAAGCUCAAGUCCGGCGAGCUGGCUAAGCGGACCAUGCGCAAGGCCGAGGCCCAAGAGGCAGCUGAGGAAGCCAAGGAGACGGGAACAACAGAGGACGUAGAGAAGUUCUCGCGUCGGACGGUGCGGGUCACAAAGGAGCACAAUGCAGAGUGUAAGCGGUUGCUGGGGCUGAUGGGGAUACCGUACCUGGAUGCGCCGACGGAGGCAGAGGCGCAGUGUGCGGUGCUGGCGAAGGCCGGUAAAGUGUUUGGAGCUGCGUCGGAGGAUAUGGAUACGCUGUGCUUUGCGGCUCCCGUCUUGCUGCGGCAUCUGACCUUUAGCGAGCAGCGGAAAGAACCUAUCCUGGAGAUCCAUCUUGAGAAAGUCCUCGAGGGACUCGGCAUGGACAUGACGCAGUUCGUCGACCUAUGUAUACUGCUUGGAUGCGACUAUCUGGACCCGAUCCCCAAGGUGGGCCCGAACACGGCCCUCAAGCUGAUACGGGACCACGGCACGCUGGAGAAAGUAGUGGAGGCCAUGAGAGCGACCCCAAGAAGAAAUACGUCAUCCCGGACGACUGGCCCGUACCUCCAGGCCCGCGAGCUCUUCUUCAACCCGGACGUGCGUCCCGCCGACGCGCCCGAGUGCGACUUCAAGUGGACUGCGCCGGACGUUGAUGGACUGGUCCGGUUCCUGGUGGAGGAGAAAGGGUUCAGCGAGGAGCGGGUGAGGAACGGCGCAGCGCGGCUGACGAAGAAUCUGAAGAGCGCGCAGCAGUCGCGGCUGGAGGGUUUCUUCAAGCCUGUGGCUAAGACGGAGGAGCAGAAGGCGAGCGCGAAGCGGAAGGCAGAGGAGAAGGCCGAGCAGGCGAAGAAGAAGAAGAAGGAAGACGCGAAGGCGAAGAGAGCGAUGGCUGCGAAGCCCCGAGGAGCCGGAUAG